ACGGGGCCAAGCCUAUCCUGGUUUCUUCCCCUUGAAAGGAAGUUUCUGCAGCUCAGAGUUAGCCUCUCCACUUUCUGAAGAGCCUUCUGCCCUCCGUCCAACAAUGCAGAGAGUGAAUUUGAAGGGAAAUGGCAUUAAUAGCAGUUGAGAAGGUACUGUUGAGUAGUUGGAGAGACGUGCCUUUCUGGCAGGGGAUAGACAAAUCCUGAGCAAUGAAGCUGGGUACCGUUCUGGGGCUCAGCAGGCUGCCUGCCCUUCUCAAGGCAUCGGAAAUAGCUGCCUGUACCUAAAGCCCAUCUCAGAUUGGAUUUCAGAGAUUGAACAUUUGUUCUGAGGGGAGCUGGCUCCAUUUUAAGCAACUGCAGCAGAGUAGAGGAGUCUUGUCUAUUUAAAGAGCCCUCCAGAGCUGCAUCUGGGAAGACUCGCCUGCCUCCAGCAUGAGUUCUGAAUGUGAUGUUGGAAGCUCUAAAGCUGUGGUGAAUGGCUUGGCACCUGGCAACCAUGGGCCAGAAAAAGCAGCCGACCCUUUCCGUGCUCGCUCUAUAUCUGCUGUUAAAAUAAUUCCCGUGAAGACAGUGAAAAGCCCUUCAGGCCUAGUACUUCCUCCAGACAUGGACCCUACAAAAAUCUGCACUGGGAAAGGAACAGUGACUCUUCGGGCCUCGUCUUCCUACAGGGGAACCCCAAGCAGCAGCCCUGUGAGCCCCCAGGAGUCUCCGAAGCAUGAAAGCAAGUCAGGCCUGGAGCCAGAGGACCCUUCAGCAGAUGAAUGGAAACUUUCUUCCAGUGCAGAUACCAAUGGCAACGCCCAGCCCUCCCCGCUUGCUGCCAAGGGCUAUAGAAGUGUGCAUCCCAGCCUUUCGGCUGACAAGCUCCAGGUUCUGUCUCCCCCUUGCCUUCCUUUCCCUCAAGAGGACCGCUUCGCAUGGCAGUCCCCCACCAUCCACCGCAACUACAAGGACUCCCUUUACAUGAGCUCACCAAAGCCCUACAUCCCACCCAGCACCCCCAGCCAACAGAGCCCCUCACUGCCUCCGCCCAUCUCUGUUCCCCUGGGAGCUAGGUUGGCUCCCCGAAAUGCAUCAUGUUCACUGCUUUUGGGGUCCAUGGGCCUUGAAGUGCCCCCCCAACCCCAACAACACUAUGUAGCCUCCAGAUUAGUGUACAGUAAGAAUGUGAGCUCUAACCCACGUUGUGAGGCCACAGGGAAUAAACAGGUCAGCAGCUUAUAUGUCCCGUGUUUAUCCAAUAACAUUUGCCGGGCAACAUCGGAAAACUACUCUCCUGUUGCACGUGACUCGGCCCCAGACACUCCCUCGGAGGCCGCAGGCACCCGGGCACCAGCUCCCUGCCUUGUCCCUGGCACAGCCACAGCCGGCACAGGAAAACCACCCCCUGCUCCUCCUCCUGACCCUCCCAAGCUAUUCUUUGACAACCACAAAGAUGCUGGUAACCGCGGUGAGAAUCCCACACUGGGGACAUGGGCCUCGUUCCCUGAUGCAGUGAGGCCUCCCAGGCUAGGCCCCCAGGUUACCUCUGAUCCCGAAAACCAGAAGAACAAAGAAACUUACCUUUUGCAGCCGUGUUAUCCAGCCAAGGGUGCCACCUCCUCCAGCUCAGCCCCAUCUGAGAGGCGGCCCCACCACAGCCAGCCAGCCAGUGCUUGUGGCUCCCUCUCCCCUGCUAGCCAGACGCCACCACCCUCACCACCACCUCCGCUGGUCCCUCCCGUACCGGAGGACCUCCACAGAGGCCUGGAGCCUGACCUCCCGGGAGCUGUCUCAAGUACCGGCAGUCCUUUACUAAACGAAGUUUCUUCUUCCCACAUUGAAACCGAUUCCCAAGACUUCCCUCCAACAAGCAGACCUUCGUCUGCCUACCCCUCCACCACCAUCGUCAACCCUACCAUUGUGCUCCUGCAGCACAAUCGAGAGCAGCAAAAGCGACUCAGUAGUCUUUCAGAUCCUGCCUCAGAGAGACGAGCGGGUGAGCAGGACCCAGUACCGACCCAGGCGGAACUCCCCUCGCCUGGCAGGGCUUCUGAGAGGAGGGCGAAGGAUGACAUCAGACGGGUGGCAAGGAGUGCACAGGACCUAAGCAAUGUGUCUGCGGAUGAAGUGGGCAUCCCACUCCGGAAUACUGAGCGAUCGAAAGACUGGUACAAAACUAUGUUUAAGCAGAUCCACAAACUGAACAGAGACACUCCUGAGGAAAACCCUUAUUUCCCUACGUACAAAUUCCCCGAGCUUCCAGAAAUCCUGCAGAACUCUGAAGAUGAGGAUUCUGAUGUCCAUUCCCCUCGAUACUCCUUCUCUGAAGACACAAAGUCUCCCCUUUCUGUGCCUCGCUCAAAAAGUGAGAUGAACUACAUCGAAGGGGAGAAAGUGGUUAAGAGGUCCGCCACACUCCCCCUCCCAGCCCGCUCCUCCUCACUCAAGUCCAGCCCAGAGAGAAACGACUGGGAGCCCCCAGAUAAGAAAGUGGAUACGAGAAAAUACCGAGCAGAGCCCAAAAGCAUUUACGACUAUCAGCCGGGCAAGUCUUCAGUCCUGACCAAUGAGAAGAUGAGUCGGGAUAUAAGCCCAGAAGAGAUAGAUUUAAAGAAUGAACCUUGGUAUAAAUUCUUUUCGGAAUUGGAGUUUGGGAGACCGCCUCCCAAAAAGAUAUGGGACUAUACUCCUGGCGACUGCUCUAUCCUUCCUAGAGAGGAUAGAAAGACUAAUCUAGAGAAAGACCUCAGCCUCUGCCAAGCAGAGUUAGAGGCAGAUUUAGAGAAAGUGGAGACGGUUAAUAAAUCACCCAGUGCAAACUCGCCACAGAGCUCAGCAGUCAGCCCGACUCCAGACAUUACCUCAGAGCCUCCUGGAUAUAUCUAUUCUUCCAACUUCCAUGCAGUGAAGAGAGAAUCAGAUGGGACCCCCGGGGGUCUCGCUAGCUUGGAAAAUGAGAGGCAGAUUUAUAAAAGUGUCUUGGAAGGUGGCGACAUCCCUCUUCAGGGCCUCAGUGGGCUCAAGCGACCCUCCAGCUCAGCUUCCACUAAAGAUUCAGAGUCACCAAGACAUUUUAUCCCAGCUGAUUACUUGGAGUCCACAGAAGAAUUUAUUCGGAGACGGCACGAUGAUAAAGAGAAACUUUUAGCGGACCAGAGACGACUUAAGCGCGAGCAAGAAGAGGCCGAUAUUGCAGCUCGCCGCCACACAGGUGUCAUCCCGACUCAUCAUCAGUUUAUCACUAAUGAGCGCUUUGGGGACCUCCUCAAUAUAGAUGAUACGGCCAAAAGGAAAUCUGGGUUAGAGAUGAGACCUGCCCGAGCCAAAUUUGACUUUAAAGCUCAGACCCUGAAGGAGCUGCCUCUGCAGAAGGGAGACAUCGUUUACAUCUACAAACAGAUUGAUCAGAACUGGUAUGAAGGUGAACACCACGGCCGCGUGGGAAUCUUCCCACGCACCUAUAUCGAGCUUCUUCCUCCAGCUGAGAAGGCUCAGCCCAGAAAGUUGGCGCCCGUACAGGUUUUGGAAUAUGGAGAAGCCAUUGCAAAGUUUAACUUCAAUGGAGAUACACAAGUGGAAAUGUCUUUCCGAAAGGGGGAGAGGAUCACGCUGCUCCGGCAGGUGGAUGAGAACUGGUACGAAGGGAGGAUUCCUGGGACGUCUCGCCAAGGCAUUUUCCCUAUCACCUAUGUAGAUGUGCUUAAGAGGCCAUUGGUGAAAACCCCUGUGGAUUAUAUCGACCUGCCUUAUUCUUCUUCCCCAAGUCGCAGUGCCACUGUGAGCCCGCAGUAUACUAGUCACAGCAAGCUCAUCAUGCCAGCCCCUUCAUCUCUACCCCACCCCCGCCGAGCCCUGUCCCCUGAGAUGCACGCCAUCACCUCCGAGUGGAUCUCUCUGACUGUCGGGGUCCCAGGCAGGCGUUAUCUGGCCAUGACACCACCCUUGCCUCCUCUGCCUGAGGCUUCUGUCUAUGACAUGGACCGCCUGGCCUUGUCAGCAAGGGCCCGUCCCUCCUUGCCUCUCAGCCUCCCCUAUUCAAGUUGGUCAGAUCACUCCACUCUGCGUCCAGUGGUCUCCCCGAUGGCCCUGCCUCCACCCCACAAUGCCUACUCACUGGCACCCAGUGCCCAGGCUCCUCUUCACAUCAAUGGAGAUGGUGGUAUUCACAUUCGCCAAGAUGGCUUCUCCCAGCCACCGCCUGGGAACUCUGAUAGGGUCAUCUCAGAGCUUAGUGACGCCUUUAGCAGCCAGAGCAAGAGACAGCCCUGGCAAGAAGAUGGACCAUAUGACAGGAAAGCAGAGAGCGAGGCAGGUGAGAGAUGCCCUGGUGGACCCAAGAUCUCUAAGAAGAGCUGCUUGAAACCUUCAGACGUGGUCAGGUGCCUGAGUUCUGAGCAGAGACUCUCGGAGUUCCACACUCCUGAGGACAGUCAGUCCUACAAGCCUCUGGGUAGCCCUUUCCCAGCCUGGGAGGCUGGGCCACCAGAGCUGCACAGAGGUGUCGAGGCUGACAGGAAGGCUGCUCAGAGUGGUGUGAGCCAGCCUUCUCAUCAUUCAUUGAGCGCAGGACCUGAUCUCACAGAAUCUGAAAAGAACUAUGUGGAAGCGGUUUGCAAUGAGAUCAUAAACAUUGCGGAGAAAUCUGUUCAUUACUGCAGCACUGUCUCUCAUCCCCUUGACUUCCAUCACAAGGUACCCCCUUCUGACAAUAAAUCAUCUUUAAUCAUUUCUCAGCAACCUCAAGCCCAGCAGCGAAGAGUUACCCCAGACAGGAGUCAGCCCUCACAGGAUUUGUGUAGCUACCAAGCGUUAUAUAGUUAUGUGCCACAGAAUGAUGAUGAGUUGGAACUCCGAGAUGGAGAUAUUGUGGAUGUCAUGGAAAAAUGUGACGAUGGAUGGUUUGUUGGCACUUCAAGAAGGACGAGGCAGUUUGGUACUUUCCCAGGCAACUAUGUAAAACCUUUAUAUCUAUAAGAAGACUGAAAAGCACAGAGAUUAUUUUUUAUCGGAGGAUGAAGCGUCAUUCAUGAACUGGUCUCUUUAUUUAAAUACUGAGUCAGCAAGAAAACUAAUGCAGUUGGUAAAGAAAGAAUUCAAAGAAGGAACAGAGAAGUGUGUUUAAAACCCACUGUGUAUCAGGGAUUAACUAUCUGCUGAAGACAUCUGUAUUUCCGUGGCUGCUUCUGGGAGCUGCUCUAGCCCCUGCUGCUUGGGGAAUCUGAUCUGGUGGAGUGGAGUGUCCACGAGCAACAUUAGCCAAAAAAAAAAAAAAAAAGUGCCCAGCCUUUACCCACUCCUAUUUUAAAGAGGCCCCUUGGGGCUAGAUAAGUCAGUCUCCAUCCGUGUUCCACAGGCCCCAGCCUGAGCAUCACUGACAACUCCUGCCUCUAUCCCUGGGUAUCCCAGAGCCAGCAGACCUCAAGUGCUGCUAGAGGCGGGUCUGGUUUUGAGGUUUUCCUUCAGCACCAUGACUUGAAGUUCAGGUGGAGAAAUGGUGGCAGACCAGGUGCCCUAGCACUCAACCUUCUGGGUGAUAGUUCCCCUAACUGACCUGAUACUCAGACAGAAAGCCAUGCCAUGUGUGUCCUGAGCUGGGGAGCAGGUGGCCUGGCAGAUGGGUUACAUUUGUGUUUCCACACGAUUAAGCCACACCUUGGGGCUCUGGUAGUCACUUGGAGUGUGUUCCUUCCCUGGUCACUACCAGUGGCUAGCCAGGGUUGGCUGUGCCUUCCUUCUCUGGCUUAGUAUGGGCUUGAUACACUUGAGCCCAUAGAAUACAGCCUGGUUUCCAGGAGCUCUCUUAGCAUGUGUAGAUGCAAGCUGGCUGCAGGGGCACCAUGAGUAAGAUACUCCCGGACCUAGGAGGGACUCUGCCUCCUGUGUUGCCUGUGGAGUCUGAACGCCACCCAGAAUGUUGUGUUCUCUGGUCCUCCCCCUCCUCCUCUCCACCUCAAUCCAGGGAGUCCUGGUGCACAUGGUGAGGUCUCCAUUCAGAGUUCAGGUAUUGCUCACUGGCCUGGGUAUGAGGCAGCAAUCUUCCUCCUGGUGGCAGCUGUCAGUCUGUCCUCUGUGAGCCCUGGUUAUGAGAAGGGGACCCUUUGACACCUGGAUAUCCCUAGUUGACCUGAAGAUAAAUGUGGCCUGUUCCCAGAGCUGAGCCUGCCAGGGUCUCAGCUGAGUGGACAACAUAGGAGAAGCCAGUCUAGAGAGACCAUGAUAUGUGCAGAGGGCGUGAGAGGAAGGGACGCAUUUCUCCUACAGGGGACUCUAGAAUGCAGUCAGGGUUCCCUCUCCCUUGGCUCACUUCUGAACAUCUGGGAUGCUGGGAGACCCUUUGUCUGAGGGCAGUUUAUGUCUGGAAAUACUGGGAUUUUUUUUUUCCAGAUUCUGGUAUUCUUCUACCCCAAAUUACAUGCACCAGGUCACAAAUGCCAGGGAUUGUAGGUGAUAGGGGUAUAUACUGGAACCCUGGCUCUCUGCAUGUAGUUUAGAAUCACCCUAACCACUAUACUAUCCCAAAGUCUGGAGUCUUUACAAGUCAGCAACGUUCUUCAGUGACCGACUGCUGUCUUAGAUAGCACGGGACCCUAACUACCACCCGUCCCCCAACUACCACCCCAUCAGCCACAAUUCUCCGAGGAGGCUCUCGGGAAAGAAACUGCCACAGAUUGAUUCACACUGAAAUGUAAAUGGCUGGUGGGGAAAUAAAUGUGUUGCCUCUUCCUGGAGACAUCCUUUUUAACUGAGACAGUGUAGCACCUUUAAUCCCAAGGGAAAAUGGAAUGGAACUGAAGGGGCAGAAGCUCCCUGGUCAGAAAGACCUGGCGAGUCUGUGACUUUGUUGCUUUGCAAGCUCAGCUUCCCCAGCCAGCUGCACUGCUUGCUUUUUUGACUUUGCCCCUUCGAAGGGAACAUAGGACAAAUAAAUAAAAAUGCAUAUGUGCGUUUUUUACUCUUCUGGAAUGCAGCCUUUGCUCUCUCCGAGAUGCCAACCAUGGCUAGUGUGAUUGUAUCUAAAUUUCCUGAGGGGUGUUUUUUGAUUAAGUAGGUAAUGUCAAACACCCCUUUAAAUACAGCUAGAAAAUAAAACCAUUUUAUAAAAGCCACCUUUGCAUCCCCUGGGAGCCUCACACAGAGCAUCUCUCCAAAUCCAGGUAUGCCAGCCAUCUUUAAUAAAAUCUCUCCUGCUUCCGGCGUAUGAAAAGCAAAAAUGAAAAGAGGGAAGGUUCCCAGUUACUCUUUUGUCUUCAGACAUUUAGUAAUAUAAAGUACCUAUUUUUAUGCUGAAAUGUUUAUACAGGUUUAUUAACAGCAAGCGCAACUAACUGGCGGCAUGCCGUGCAACUCGUUUUGAUAUAUUAGCCAUGCUUCCAGGUAAAGGCAAGCCCCAAACCACUUACCUUUUGCAGUCUCUCUGGGAUCAGGAAAAGAAAAAUCACAUGUUUGAGAAGUGGGACUGUAAAUAUGUAAUGUAUAUUUAACUUUGUGUAGCCCAUGUACCUACCUUGUAUAGAAAAAUAAUUUUUAAAACUUGAGCAGAAAAGAAGUAAAAUGAGGGAGUCAUGAAGGGUUUCCCACACACACUUUUAUUUAAAUGAAGGAAUUUCAAAUAAUUCACCUACAGACUUUUAGCACAAAAAUAGCCCUUGGAAAUUGUUAACAUAUUCGGUUGUUCUCUGGGGAAGAGAAGACAACUAUAAUAUCAUUUACUUUUCUUUUUGCGGUUCUAUUUAUCUGCAGUAGUAUUAAGUCAUAUUGCUGGAAUAGGUUACUACCCCUCCUAAAAAGAUAUUAUUGAGAAAAAAUAAAAGUGGUCUAUAUAACCUAUGAAAGUAUUGCAUUUAAAUCGCACACCAAGCGCAUGUACUACGCAGACAGGUUUUUCUGUUCAUUUAUUUUUUUCCUUAUUGCAGUGGAUUGAUUUGAUAGACAUGUUGAGUUACUACUUUGCUGUACAUAUUAUUUAAUAAACUUUAUUCGGAAUUGUGUGGCA